AUGUCUGCUGCACGAAGAGCUACCAUGGUCAUAGCUGCUAACCGUUUCUCCGUCUUCAAAUUGUCCAGGGUGAGAACCUCGACUAGCUUCUUGAGGUCCGCGAUAAUUUCCUCCUGGGUAGGAGGAGGGGCCGACGACGAAGAGGACGAAGACGACGAAGAUGGCGCGGGAAGACCGGGAAGUUCGUCCGAUGACGAAGGAGAUUCGGUCGCGAACACCGAACGACGAGCAGCGGGGGGCGACGAGCGAGCGACGGGCGAAGAGCGAGAAGUUGUCGAGACUUUCCUCUGUUUAGCAGGGGAAGGGGGGAGGAAGGAACAGACACCUGAUGUACACGAUGCACAUCGUGUACCGCGGUUGCGAUCACAUUCUUCGCCCUUGGGAGCAAGCUCCCACCUUCCAGGUUGGGCCGCGAGGAGGGCCAAGAGACUCGCCGAAGUUCUUACCGUUCCCGGACGAGGAACAGGCGAGGAAGAGGGGGCUUCAACCCGUACCCGUUUGCGAGCGGGGGUGGGCGAGGACAAAGCGGACGAAGAGGAAGAGGACACCGAUAUUGGUGAAGAAGUUCGUCGAUGUCUCUUCUUAGGAGACCGAAGGAUGGAAGAUUUUCUUCUUAAACUCGCCUCUUUCGAGGGAGCUUUUCUCUUGGCCGGAGUCGAGGAUGGACCGGCGACGGGAGCGGGAGGCGCGGAAGACGAGGAAGACGCCGACAGAGAAGGGAGAGCGGCCGACAAGGAAGAGAGGCGAAGGCCAGCCGAGCUGGCAAGGCGGCGGACGAAGGACGAAGGAGGAGCAGGAGGGGGAGACUGGACCCGGGACACUAACAUCAGCCAUGACACGAAACUUCUCCACGAAAUUCUUAGGCAAUUAGAACUUACUGCUUCGAGUCCUUCGGGCAACGUUCGAAGGAGGAGAUUUGACGAGUUUUCGAGGGGUAGACGGGGCCAUGAUAAGGGCGUUCCCGUCGUCAACGUUGUGUUUCAUGGAGUCCAGGAUACCACGAAGAUCCCUGGAUACGAGAGAAAGUUUUUAGGCUAA